AGCGCGCAGACGCGCUGGCAAGUUGUCGGCGACAUUCCGCGCAGGAUCUGCUUUUUCUUUUGCGUUUGUUUGUGCGUUCCCAGUUUUGGAGAUGUACGAUUUGUGAUUCCUGCGCUUCUUCCCUUUGGAGCUCAGCGAACAGUUGCAGGCGCGAGUGCGCGUCGGCUCGAAGUUUUGCUCGUUUUUGACUUCUCCUCAUCGGGAGAAUGCUGCGCGAGCUGCUGGCGCUCUUCCAGCUGCUCGGCUGGGUUCUGAGCCAGGACGCCGCAGGGAGCCGCUUCGUGUGCAACGCCAUGCCGCCGGGCGCGGAGGCCGGCUGCGGCGCCGCUCCGACGGGCCCCGCCGAGGACGAGCUGCGCAGCGCCGUCGCGCGGCUGCGGGCGACCGUCCUGCAGCAGAAGGAGACCAUCGGCGGCCAGCAGCGCACCAUCAGGGAGCUCAACUCCGAGCUGGCGCGCUGCGAGGCGGCGGACGACACGGCGCCGCCGGCCAAGUCUCGGGGUCCGGGCUCCAGGAGGAAGGACUUGGGCAAGAACACCAUGGGCGACCUGCCCCGGGACCCCAGCGACACCAUAAACCAGCUGGGCAAGACCAUGCAAAGCCUGAAGGGGCGCUUGGACAGCCUGGAGCAGCAGACUUUGCACGUCCCCGGCACAAACGCGUCGGCCGGAGGCGUUCCGCCGCUGCGGGAGCUCCUGGGGCGGCGUCUGGGGCUCCUGGAGACGCAGCUCCUGCGAAAGGUGGCCGAGCUGGAGGAGGAGAAGAGCCAGCUGUACAACGACACGGCGGCCCAUCGCCGACGCACCGAGAACGCCCUCAAUUCUCUCCUGGAGAGGAUCACGGAGCUGGAGAAAAACAACAACGCCUUCAAGUCGCCGGAGGACUUCAAGGUGUCGCUGUCUCUGCGCACCAACUACCUGUACGGACGCAUCAAGAAGAGCCUCCCCGAGAUGUACGCCUUCACCGUCUGCAUGUGGCUCAAGUCCAGCGCCGGUCCCGGGAUCGGAACCCCCUUCUCGUACGGCGUGCCGGGACAGGCCAACGAGAUCGUGCUGAUCGAGUGGGGGAACAACCCCGUCGAGCUGCUGGUUAACGACAAGGUGGCGCAGCUUCCGCUUUCGGUGAGCGACGGGCGCUGGCACCACAUCUGCAUCACCUGGACCACCAGAGACGGCUUCUGGGAGGCUUACCAGGACGGCGAGCGACUGGGCACCGGGGACAACCUGGCCCCCUGGCACCCGAUUAAACCUGGCGGGGUGAUCGUUCUGGGCCAGGAGCAGGACAUGGUCGGAGGUCGUUUCGACGCCACCCAGGCCUUCGUGGGCGAGCUGAGCCAGUUCAACAUGUGGGACCGAGUACUGCGGCCCGUGGACGUCGUGGGCCUGGCCAACUGCUCGGCGUACAUGCCCGGCAACGUGGUCCCUUGGAUAGACGCCAACGUGGAGGUGUUUGGCGGGGCCACCAAAGCUCCUCUGGAGAUAUGCGAGGACCGCGCGUUCGAUUCCUAAUGCGAGGAGUCGGCUGAAUCCAAAAAUCCAAGUAUUCUCCUUCAUCGCCCAAAAGCAAAGAGGACACGCAUCUCCAUCUCUCAAAGAUUCACCUUUCAAAGCGCGUGUCCGUCCGUUAACCGUGGAGUAGAUGUCACAGAGGUGACCGCGUGGAGAAGAUUCGAUCCUGUUGACAUUCUGGGCCUGAUUUACUCGAGGUUUGAGCGAGCAAAAUUCGAACGGAAUAAAAAAGGCAUAUCGACGAUUGCGUCUGCCAAAGGGCAAAAUUGCCACGCAGUUGAUUUUGAUGCAAAUUAGCACGUGCAUCAAAGCGGAGAUGAAUUGCGACGGCUGCUUCUUUAUACGACGCGUCUGAAAGGCAAACUGAGAGGCGGCAGGGAGAGCUUUUCCGCUCGUGUCGACAUUUUUGAAAUGCCAGAAAGAAAAAUCGGAGCCGUAUCGUGGACCCAGUCACAAGAAGGAGUCACGCCAUAUUACCUGGGACAAAACUCGGGACUCAUUUCAGUGCACCGUGACCAUUGGUGGCGGCCUCUCCCGGAGCCUUUUUUCGACUGCUGUUUUCUUUUUUUUUCCAAAAAAAAACAAAAAAAGUUUUCUUUUUACGCAGGGUGUCCAGAUACAAGGUGCGUCAGAAAGGUUCCAGGACUCAUAUUUCAAAUUCUCCUCGGAAGUAAUCCACCUCGAGCGGAACCCGUUUUCCCAGCCUUCUCUGGCCCGCCUUCACGCACGCCUGGUGGAAUUCUUCCGGGAACAUCCGCAGCUCCGUCGCCACGGCCACGUUGAUGCCGUCCACGUCUUCAAAACGAGUCUCCUCGAUGACGCCCCGGAGCUUGGCAAAGAGCCAAAAAAAAAUCACGGGUGCUUCGUAAAGUCGCUCCGGCACCGAGACGUUCUUCUCGACGAGGGACUGCGGGAUGCUCAGGGCGUUGCGAGGAGGCGCGGUGUCGCGGCGAAGCGGCAACGGGUUUUCCUACCGCAACUCUCGCCUCUUCUCGAUCUUUUUUUAGACGUGCCGGUUGACCGUCUGGCACACGCCGAAGGGGAAGACUCGUACUCUUUGUAGUGCGGGUUCAAAUCCAGUACCUUUUCUGACACACCUGGUACGUUGAAUUGCCUUGCACUCGGAACGACUUCAAUUCAACAAAACGUGUUGCCGACGUCCGUAAAAUUAUCGGGGCGAUGGGUCCGUGUAGUCAUUCAGGUCGUCACGGUGACCCGCAAAGGUUGAGUCGAGGCAACUGGACUGUUCUUCUUUGUUAAGAAUGCUUCACCUUCAAUUUUCAGUAUAAUAAAAUAAACGAUCCAUAUAAUUAAAGGUGAAAGGUGUUCAGCGAUGCCGAGCGGUCCAGCUGCCUUGUUUCCACCUUUGUGGAUCGGAGCGAUUCUGCCACGAUGCGAGUUGCGCCGGACCCGAGAGUCGACUUUGAAUCGUUGAUCGCAGGCCGACGCAGGGCAAGGAUAUCCGAGGCGGGGCGGCGCAGCGGCGGGAAGCGGGAACGCGAGCGGCCGGAGCGGGCGCGAUCCAACACGACCGGGCGAGUCGUAGGAUAGUUACAGACAAGCGGCGGGACUCAGGCGACGGCUGUCCAACGCGUGUGCCGCUUGAGGACAGGUGAUGCCGGUUGCCGGGAGACAGCGGGAGAGACGAGGCACACGGCGCCACCCGAGCUUCAAAAGAGGAACUGCGGGGCACGGAUCCUGACCGACGCAUUUCUUUCUGGAACCGUUUCUUUCUCUUCCACUGACUCGUCCAAUUCCAUCACUUUUGCGCUUUCGGUCCUCUCCCGAUGUUCCGUAGUGAAACCUAAAACGCAAAACUCUCUUUGAAAUAUGGAGGUCUCUGCCACUUUUACAGCCGGCGCCGCCAACGCAAUCUGAACACGCAAUUUAGCGCCCGCAAAUGAUCGCAAUUUAGUAUCUUAAUGUGUUGUUGUGAACACGCAAUUUGGGAUCUUAGUAAAUCAGGCCCUGUGUGUGUGUGUGUGUGUUUUGGUCUUCUUCCGUUCGACUCGUCGUGCAUUCCUAACAGCGACGAUGCCGCACCGCGUGCGUAGCGAGCGUUGCGCUCCAGCCGGCUUUCGUGUGUCGCGGAACAUUAUUCCUCAGUCGGACGCUUUGAAGAGCAAACCGGCGGUGAGGAGGCGUUCAGGAUUCUUAUUUAUUGUGAAGCGUCACGCCGCGGCUGAUCGGCCAUAUUUAACGCAUGAGCCCCAGCGAGCGGUGCGAGUUUGCGCAUGCCUUCUUUGAUUUAGUCUGCAGCGUGUGCCCGCGCGCGUGCCCAAAGCAAGUGAGCGUGCGGACAUUACGUAAGCGAAUGUCUUGCGUGUUAAAAUACGAGAUUAGCAGCGAGGGAGGACAUUUUCAUUCUUGUAAAGCUGCGCUUAAUACCUCUCUGCCCCUUGAGCAGCUGCCAUAUUCCAAACGGCUUCAUAUGGACGCUCGCGCUCAGGUUAAUCGCGAAUGGCGUCGCGCCGCCCAGAACCGGCUCAAACCGGCGGCCGCAUCCCGGCCCUGAUGGCCAAUCCGUAAUUCCUCCGUCAUGAGAUCAGCGCAACCUCGAUUUAUCGCUUUCGUUCCUGCCGUCGCCGCCCGACUCCAAUCGCUGUUUUCUUUGUCAACGCGGGAAUGAACGCCAAUUGAUCCGAUCCGCGUUUUACAUGACAUUAUGAAUGUCCGCCAAGCAUAACGCUGUCAUGCUAAAAAAAAAAAAAAAAAAAAAGACCAAAAAAAAUUGUGCAUAAAUUUAAGGCUGAACCCCCGCAUAUUCGCAGUUCUCUUUUUUUAUGCUCGGGCCACGGCCAUGUCUACUAAAAAAAAAUAAAAAGAAUUGCUGUGGCGCCAUCUUAUGGCAGCUAUAGGCACUUGCGAUUUUUCACCCUUAGCCAAUUGCGGAGGUUCGCUGUACUUUUUGCAGCUUUAUUUUUGGCUGAGCUAAAACUCGGCUUGCGCGAUGCCUCCCGGGUUGAUGUGCAACACAAAGAAAAAGCAAGAAAAUCAAUAAAGGCAUCAAAGAAUUGAUUUUUUCCGAUAGCCGUGUUAAAUGUUCCUUCCCAUUCGAGCUUGUGUCGACAUUUCUGAAUGGAUAUUUCGUGGGAGUACUUCAUACACACUGAAAAGAAAAUGAAAAGGCUGAGAAAUCAAGUUCCAAAAAAUUAAAUCUAAAUUUAAGAGAAUUCAUGUUGUACUGUCCAAAAAUGAAGGAAUGUUAAGAGAAUUAAAUCAUAUUUAACAAAAAAAAAGCAGUCCAGUUACCAGGAUGAAGUUUUCGUGCUAAGAGAAAGGAAGUAAUGUAACGAGAAGAAAGUUGAAAUAUAUUACAAGAAAAGAAGUAUUGUCACAAUGACAGCCGUGCCUUGAGAUAAUCAUCGGUUUCAGCCUCCCCCCCAAAACAAACAAGCAACAUUUUUGUUUUAAGAAGAAAAAUAACGCCAUAUAAUAUUGCACUUUAUUCAAGCAUACAGCGAUGACAUAAGUAUUUAGAUCGUAACGGAUGAAACUGUUUUUGCCACAUUUUUAGCGUCAAUUCAACGGGCAUUGUGCAGCUCAUUCUGUUAUGCUCGCCUUAGCCACCGGGGGCAGUAUAAAACACAGUUGCUGCAGUAAUAUGAGUUAGUUAUCACAGAGGAUACAGAAUAUAUGCCUGUUUGUAUCGUCAUAUUAUCCAUCUACAUGUUCCACCACCAUUUGUGUUCAAAUAUUUGCUGCUUAAAGCGUUGUAACGCCGCGACACCGAUGCUAUUUGUUAGCCCGUCUAUGGCGUUUUGUAUUGCUUGUUAGUAUGAGGCUAAAUGGACUUUAUUCAGAGGUGAUUGUUUGAAACACACAACACGCAUUGUUUUGUUUUGUUUAGCUUUCAAGUAAACUUCCGCUGGGAGCGGCAAAAAACAGCUUGAAGCAGAUUUUGUAUUUUUUUUUUUAGAUGAUUCUCAUCUGCCAAAGUGCUGCUUGCUGUCAAACGAGUUGAGAUGCGUUCACUGCCACCUUACAGCGCUCGCAUCUCAAGUUUUUGUCCGCAGGUUCCCCCCCCCAAAAAAAAAAAAGCAGCCAAAUGAGGACUCGUAUCUCGAACACACUUUAAAGUCAGGUCACUCUUAUCUCAAGGCACGGCGGCAUCCAUUUCUACUUUUUCCAGGAAGAAAUUGUACAGUUGCAUGCAAUAAAAAGUGAUCAUUUCAAUGAAUGAACAGCAAAUUGUUACACAAACUGAAAUCCAUGUUUUUGUAUAAUAUUAGGACUUUAUUCUCAUACUGUAAAAUGGUGAAUUUAUUCUCGGGAAAUGACUCCUUCACUUUGGCAAAAAGGUCUUUUUUUCUCGACAGUGUGGCGUACAGUAAAUAGUCAUGACGCAGUAUCGUACUGGACAGCGCAGAAUGUUGUAAAAAAUAAAAUAAAUGCAGAAUUGAACACAAAUUUGUUUGUAAAUGUUUCAGUGAAAAAUCCUGCAAGAUUGUUGGGUUUUUUUCCUUCCCCCAAAAUAUUUCUGCCUCUUUCUGCUCUUGAUUUUUGCUCAGUGGCAGAAUAAGACAGGGGAAAAUAUUUGCUGACAAUGACAAAUAGCCUUUUUUGGGAAAAGAAAAAAAAAAAAACAUUUGCAGUUGUUUUAUGAGAUUUAUCUUUUGAGGUAUUGAACCCGACAUUUGUCAUUUUAAAACUCACAAAGAGCUCUGAGCGCAUGACCCUUCAUUUAGUUUUUCUUUUCAAUCUGUGCAAAAAGAUGUAAUUGUGUGUCGUGCACAUCAUGAGCAAGAGCAAGCGCGUAAAUAAACCAAACUGGCAACACAAAUGCACAAAUGUGCUUUGUGGGAGUCGCAAAAGUGAAUUCACACCAACCUGUGGCCUCAAUCAACUGCAUGAAGAAUGUGUGUGUGGGAUUUGUUUUUGAAUUCUUCUUCUUCUUCUUCUUCUUCUUCUGAUUAUUGCAUUGUCUGCACAUGUCGGCAAACGUCAGUUGUACAACGUUGAAUAAACAAAGCAUUCCAA